CGACUCGAAGAUAACACUGAGUAACGUUCAGUGUAUCACUAACGAUAGAACAACAACGCACGUUUUACAGAAACUCAAGUGAGCCAAAUUUUUGCGAAGUUGAUACUCCAUAGAUACUCCUUGAAACUAUUGAACAAAUUCCUCCAACGUGUUCAUACCAGCUAUAGAUAAAUGGCAAGACCCAAGAAAAUCAGUGACUCUGGCAUCUCCAACCAUAACGAUGGAUUGAUGAGCCUAUUUUUGGAAUGGGUCUGGUUCUCAAUCCUGUUCCUGCCCUACGUUUUACAAGCAUUAUACCUGAAGCUGGUCCCACCCAAGCCAAAAUCUCUCCACGGCAAGGUUGUUUUGGUGACUGGAGCAGGUCGAGGGCUAGGGAGGGAGCUGGCUCUGGGGUUUGCAAGACUCGGGUGUAAAGUGGCCUGUGUGGACAUCGACAAAGAUACUGCCCUGGACACUGCUGCAGAAAUAGUCAAGGACGGUAAGAUAGCCAAGGCGUACUUCACAAACGUAGCGAAACUGGAUGAGAUCAGGAAACUGAAGAUGGCGGUUACGAAAGAUCUCGGACCUGUAGACAUCCUGGUGAACAACGCGUCUCUUCUCUACGCCAGGCGGCUGGAGGACAUCCCUGAAGAGGCUAUCAGGGCCAUCGUGGAUGUUAACCUUCUCAGUUACGUCUGGAUGGUGCGGGAGUUCGUGGGGUCAAUGAAGGAACGAAAUGCAGGACAUAUUGUUACCAUCUCAUCGAUGAGUGCCCAUUGCCCUGUGGCCCCAAUCUCAAUGUAUGUUGCUUGCAAAUGGGCUAUCACAGGUUUUAUGGAAUCUAUCCGUAUGGAGAUGUGGAACGAAGGACAUGAAAACAUAAACUUCACCAUCAUCUUUCCUACGUAUAUGGACAACAUAAAAGGAUACCUCAGUGACAGACAAAAAAUACACGUCCUCUCUGUUGAAUCUGUCGCAGCACAAGUAAUAAACGCUGUCAGAAGAAAUAUAGUAUCUACUACAAUCCCAGAGCCCAUGUACUAUACUUUAAUUUUACUCAAGUUGUUCCCAAUAAAAAUCAGCGACUGGUUCAUCUCAAUUGUGAAUGGGGAAGCGGCAGUUGCGACACAGAAGGAGUUGGACAUACUUGAACCCGUUAUCAGAGAUACUAUCAAAUCGUAACGUCAUUGCAUCGGCUAUUUGGGUCUUUUGCGUUACACGACCUCAUUUCUUUAAACGUUUUCUACGUUUACUUAGAGUAUUUAACUUACCUUAAAUAGUGAUUUGAUGUAGUGGACAAAUAUUCUGCAAUAUAUUCUACACAAAAGCACUAUAUUUCAAUAAAACACACGCACAACAUAACUUAACCUAAUGAACUUAACAAAUGAAUUUCUUAAACUGUUGGUGACCAAAAGCCAACAAUGUCUUUUGUUAUUUGUUCCAAUGCAUCGAUCUCUUUAUAUUGUUGCCGCCAAAGAAAUUCACAUAAAUUUCCCUUACAAAACGUAAGAAAGACAUAUUCCACCGUUCUCAACCACUGUACAAUACACUGCGACUUCAUAGGUAGACAGGGACCAGCGCCAAUACCAGAUAAAACCGGAUUUUGCGAUAAGAUAAGGAACAAUGAUUACUGGUCGUCGCUCACUGAUUACUGCUUACCUGCUUUCAUGUAUUGAUGUAAUACAGGUCUAAAAAUGUGUUCAUAGCAUUAAUGCAUCAGAGAAACACUCUUAUUUAAACUUAGGGAACGUUUUAAGAAAUGAGGUCGUGUAACGCAAAAAACCCGGAUUUUUUACUUUUUAUACUAACCUCCGUGUGAUAAAUAUAAAACUUAUACAAGA